UCGUGCUGCCGCAGUAGUUGUGGAGGAUGCGGUAUUUCGUCUAACGAUAAUAGCUUAUCCAUAUAUAUUCAUCGCUUAUUAUAUUAUAAGCACAGUAAAUAUGACUGCAUUAGGCUUGUUCUAGCGAUUAAUGUUGACUUGUCAAACAAUGGCACUGUAGCGCGAAUCGUUAGCAUUCUAAACCCAACCUCGCCUAACCCAUGCACAGAACCGCCAGCUCUUUCAUAUUUACAGACGCACCCUGAGGUUUGGUAGUGGUCAAUAUGGGACGCUCCUCCAAAGACAAGCGGGACAUCUACUACCGUCUAGCUAAGGAGGAGGGCUGGAGAGCAAGGAGUGCCUUCAAACUGCUGCAGCUGGAUGAGGAGUUUGGCCUUUUUAAAGGAGUGAAGAGAGCAGUGGACCUUUGCGCGGCACCAGGGAGCUGGAGUCAGGUCCUCAGUCGUAAACUCAGAGUAAAGAUUAGUGAUGGAGAUGGUGGGAGUGAGGAGGUGAGGAGUGAAGAAGUGAAGAUUGUGGCGGUGGAUCUCCAGGCCAUGGCUCCUCUUCCAGGAGUGACACAGAUCCAGGGAGACAUCACCAAAAUUUCAACAGCACAAGAGAUAAUAAGGCACUUUGAGGGCCAGCCAGCAGAUCUUGUUGUGUGUGAUGGAGCACCAGAUGUGACCGGGCUCCAUGAUGUGGAUGAGUACAUCCAGGCUCAGCUUCUACUGGCUGCACUGAAUAUUACCACACAUGUUCUGAAACCUGGAGGAACUUUUAUUGCCAAGAUUUUCCGGGGGAAGGACGUGACCCUCCUGUACUCUCAACUCAAGAUCUUCUUCAGUGGUGUGACCUGUGCCAAACCACGGAGCAGCAGGAACUCCAGUAUUGAAGCCUUUGUGGUGUGUCUGAAUUACUCUCCUCCAGAAGGUUAUGUUCCCAACAUGUCCAAUCCUCUUUUGGAUCACUCGUAUGAUGUCGAUUUCAACCAGUUAGAGGGACCUAAUCGAAUAAUCGUUCCUUUCCUUGCCUGUGGGGACCUAAGUGCUUUCGACUCAGACCGAACUUACCCACUAAAGCUGGAUGCCAGUAGGGAGUACCAGUAUACACCCCCCACACAGCCGCCAAUAUGUCCGCCAUACCAACAGGCCUGUCACCUUCGUAAGAAUAAUCUGUUGGCUAAAGAAGGCUCUCCUUCCCUCCCAUUGGAUCAGGCCCUGUCCUCUAUGCAGCUGUCAAGCCAGGAGCAGCAAAGUGCACCAGACACAAAACAGUCUUGAGUCAGCCUGAUAUUUCAAUUUUGUAUUGACCGGAUAUUUGGACGCGCACACAUGUUGUGAUUUCUGGAUUUCUAUGAGUAGAAUUGCUCAAAGAAAACAUCCAGUUUUAACUGAGUAUAUUAAGGACAUAUAGUUUUGAUUAAUGGCUAAAAAUGUGUCCUAUCAUAUACUGUAUUUUAUGAAUUGUUUUUAGUGAUUAUUUGCUCUCUGUUUUCUAUUAGAUAAAACAAAGUUAAAAUUAGAAUACACUCAAUGUAGUUUUUCAUUGCAUUGAAUUAAAGAGUCUUUAUGCAUGCUCAGUAAUCCAGGCAAGAAAGUUAAAGAAGGUUGAUUCAGUUCAUCUGGAUACGGUGUUUGAACGGGGAGUCAAAGAUGCCAUCCAGGGAAUGAACAUCCCUGAACCUGGGGGGGGGGGGGGGGGCAAAGCGUAUAUCUGUCGCCAUCUUACAAUGCUGUGAUUGCAAAUCACAGCUGAGUCUCAUCACCAGCCAGUCAGACUAGCCUCGUCUAGUCAGAAAGGCACGAACUGAGGAAGCCUCUUGGAUGAGAGGUGAAACGUCUUCACGGAUAUAUACCAAGUCCAGUUGCGCUUGAUUCAACUCCUUUGGAUGUGAUUGCAAACAUUUCCAAAUCCUCUGUGAUAGUACACAUGGUCAUUGUAACUCUAGUUAAUGGUCACGCCCAUAUUUGCAUAUGAAACCUAGUGUUGGUUUCAGUUGUAAUGCAGCUAAUGUUUAUAAGGGUGGGGACACCUGCAGUCAGUUGAGACUGAAGAGGUAACUUAGAUGAGUGAUGAAACGUUUCUGUCAAUAAACGAUGAACUGAUUCAA